CGCAAGACCGGACUUAACAAACAAAAAUAAAUAAAAUAAAUAUUUAUUUAUUCGCUGUACCAUUUCGUGGAGUACGGGGUCUGAAAGGUAUGGUACAUACAGAUUUGACUUAUAUAACCUUAUCACAAUGGUUAUUAAUUGUGUAUCAAGUUUUUGGCGGUUGUUGUACCAAUGUGUUUGUGUUGGAGAAUUUAUUUAAGAAUAAUCAUCUGGAAUAUGGACUUGGAUCUAUUAUUACUUUUAGUCAAUUCUUAUUUGUAUCAUUAAUAAGUUAUUUUGCCAAUACUGAUUUUAAAUCUUCAAAUUGGAGAUACUUAUACCUUAAACAAACCAAUAUUCCGGUUAAGAAAUGGGGGAUUCUUGUUAUUAUGUAUUUUACAGUAUCAAUAUUAAAUAAUCAAGUGGCCCGAUUUAAUAUUACAAUUCCAGUUCAUAUAAUUUUUAGAUCUUGUGGAACCGUAGUAACUAUGAUUAUUGGAUAUUUAUUUGCUGGUAAAUCUUAUAAUCGUAAUCAAAUAAUAUCUGGUAUAAUUAUUACUUUGGGUAUAUUAAUAUCAAAUAUUCCAUUAGCAUUUCCUGAAACUCCAUCACAUAAAAUCAUUAUAAAUUAUGAAUUUUUAAUGGGAAUAUCUAUAUUAUUAUUUGCAACUAUAUUAUCAGCAUUUAUGGGCUUAUUUAAUGAAUCUUUAUUUAAAGCUUAUGGAACUUAUUGGCAAGAGAGUUUAUUUUAUACUCAUUUUUUAGCACUUCCAUUAUUUUUAUUCAUUUCACCUCUCUUAUUACAAGAGUUUAAAGUUAUAUGGAAUGAUGAUCAUUAUAUAUCUCAAGAUAUACCAAUUUCAAAUCAAUUUAUUAGCUUAUUAGUUAAUGUUGGAACUCAAUAUUUAUGUAUUAGAGGUGUAAAUAUAUUAGCAAGUAAAACUUCAGCAUUAACUGUUACAGUUGCAUUAAUAGUUCGGAAAUUUAUUAGUUUACUUUUGAGUGUACUUUUAUUUGAUAAUAAAGUAUCUACUUCUGGUUAUAUUGGAUCAAUUUUCGUUCUUGGUGGUGCCUUCUACUACAGUGUCAGUACCAAUAAAAAGAAUAAACAACAAACUAUCAAAAGAGAAUAGAUGUAUAGACGUAUUAAUGCAUUGUAUAUUACAUAGAAACAAAUUAUAAAUACAAUAAAAAUGACGAAUAAAUGAAUGAAUGAAUGAAUGAAUGAAUGAAUGAAUGAAU